AUGCGUCAGGCGAAAAACAGUUCGCAAAUGCAAAACGCAUCGUUUGAUCGCGAAGUUUUAAAAGUAGCUGUUGCACAGAUUUGUCAUUCAUUAGGAUGGAACUCAAUGCAAAAGUCUUCACUUGGAGUGUUGACAGAUAUUUUGGAAAGAUACAUCAAGAAGUUAUCCAAAGUUGCAGCUGACUACUGUCAAAAUUCUUUGCAUAAUGAUGUUACCCUGAAUGAUCUUGGGUUAGCAUUUGAUCACCUCGGAGUGCAACUACCUGAACUUGAGGAUUAUGUACAUCAGGUAGAGUCAAUCCAUUUUGUCAAAUCUGUGCCAAAACUUCAGUUGGAGGCAAAAAAUAGCAUUGAAUUUCCAGCAGAAGAAGAGAUAGCUUCAAGGGAAGAAUGGUAUGAAGAGUACAUGCCAACCCUUGGUAAAGUUUUGUUAAAGAAAGGUGAAGAGGUUGAGAUAAAAGAAGAUGAAGAGAAGAUACCCCUGCAGUUGGCAACAGAGCCUGGUAUUGAAGCCAGUGAUAUUGUACCUUCUCAUGAAUCUAGGAAGAGACCAGCAGAUAGUCCUCCUUUUUCUCCAGUUGAGCCCAAAAAGCCAUUGAUGGAUAAUCAAUUGUAUCUACCAAGUCUUGUGCGACCAGAUAUGCCAAGUCUUGGGCCUUCAACAGGUAGUCCAAUGAUAACAAAGCAGAAUUUUGUGCCUUUCCCCUCACCAGGUUUCCCAACAGACUCAUUUAGUGAGAAUAGCUUAAAAAGGGUUAUCGAAGAAAGAAGGCCAGCAUCAUUAUGGGACAAAAAUUCACCAAAAGAGAAAAGCAAGCAGGAAUUGUUUUCCCCAGAACCUGCCCUGAAGCAAAAAAUUCUUUCCCCAUCAUCUCAAAGUCAAAAUUUGAAAAGUCACCAGCAGUCAUAUGAGAUGAAGCCAAAAGACAGGCAUCAGAUUUCUAUAGCAACUGGAACCUCAUUCCCAACAGCAGCAAAGACUGAUUCUGAUGAUGGUUUUUCUAGUUUAUCUCAUGUUGAGCAUCCUGGGCGGGAACCACUGACAUCACCUCUGAAUAAGUUUUCAUCAAAUAUCAUGUCACCCCCAGUGUCUGACAAAUCUCCGGUUGCAAAUAAAAAAACAGCCAAUAGCCCAAUGUACCAUACAACAUUGAGCCAGCCGGUCCCGCGCCCUGAUGUUGUGACAAGUCUUGAGGAAAAGAAAGUGAAAAAGGCAAAAAGAUCGAAAAAGUCGAAGGAGAAAGUGACACCUGCUAGUGGAAAAAAGCUAAAAUCUCAGCAAGUUAGUUCAUUUGCUGGAUCACCUCAACUUUUUGCGUCACCUCAUAUAUUAAAAAGCCCACCAGAACCAAGAGCUACAGUUGUGGCACACGCAGUUACAAAGGGAGCUCAAAAGAUGGAGCAUAAACCAGAACAUUUAUUCUCACCUGUACAAAGCAACAAUGAAAAAAUGCAUUCAACCCCUGAGCCUUUAAAGAGCAGACCUUUGCACAGCACACCUGUCGAGGAAAGCAUUAGCGUGUCAUCUUUGAAAAAAAAGUCUGUGGACCGGAAGAAAAAGUCUUCAGCAGAAAAGAGUAAGAAAAAAUCCAAGUCAGUAAAGUCAAAGGCACUGAAUAAAGACAAUGAUAAAAGUUCUUUUUUCGAAAGACAACAUAUGGUUGCCAGUUUGCCUUUGAAGAAACAAACCUCUGACGAUGAAUUUAAGUCACCUUCCAGUAUGAAGUCCCCUUCUUUGUCAUCGCCUCGUUUCAGUGUAGCGGUUUCGCACGCUUCCAGCCUGAGCUCACCAGAGUACAGGACGCCCGAGGCCCAGCCCCAAGAAAGAUUGAAUGAAUUUGGGAAGACAUCUAAAAAGAAAGGAGACGAAAAGAAGAAGAAGAAGGAUAAGAAAAAGAAAACGGCAAAGAGUUCAGAAAAGAAGGGAGCAGACUCUGGAAAGGGGAAAAAGCACGACACACCAAGUUUGAAACUUACGUUCAAAAGAGCACCCAGUGGGAACUAUCAAGAUCAGUCUAAAAAAGAUUCUUCCUCUCAUUUGAAACUUCAUGAAAUGUCCCCAAUUUCAUCCCCAAUUGAAUCCCAAUCUCCUAAGGUUGUUUCCCCUCAACCUGAACCAACUCCAAGGAAGCAGAAAACCAAGACCAAGGCCAAGACGAAGACCAAGACUCCUGUGGAAAAGUCGACCCCAAAAGUGAAAAAACCGGAACCAGCUGUAAGAAUUGAACCGCUUGUAAUUAACGAUGCCUUCAAUUCACCUGAUGAAGACGAGGAUUCUUUUGAACGUAUGAAAAAGACGGAUAUUAAAAAGGGGAGCUCAUCGAAGAAAGAAGGUUCUGGAAAAAAAGGACGCGCGUCAAAGAAGAGUGACUCGAGUAGAAAAUCUUCCUCAUCAGAGUCGUCAAAGAAAGCGCCAGUGAAGAAAGUCGAAUCUCCAAAAAAGACAGAGAAAGCUAGAAAAUCGUCCACUUCAAAGAGUGAGAAUUAUCAACCUGACCAAUUCUUAUCUUCCCCACCUUCUGGCGCCUCUGUGGGAGACCAAUCGGUAUCACGUGGGUUGUUCAUUCAAACGAUCACUGAGCCAACAACGACUCAGGUUUGGUACUGUCCAGCGUGUUUGCGACCAGAUGAUGGCAGUCCUAUGAUUGGUUGUGACUCAUGUGAUGGAUGGUAUCACUGGAUCUGUGUGGGAAUCAACCAGGCACCGAGUGAAGACGUUGAAUGGUACUGUGGCACAUGUGUCGAGAGACUAAGCAAAAAGAAGACGAAAAAACGGAAGAAAAAAGAUUGAAAGUGCCCCCAAACUUGUAUAUAAUUUGUAAUACUUAUAUGAUUUCGUCAUUUAUAUGAAUACCUUAUCAAAAUGUCUUUUAAACGUU